UUAAUAAUAUAUCAGAAUACACUCAACCGUAACCUUAACACAUAAGACUCAAUCUCGUAUGGCAAAAAAACGAAAAUUCCUAAGCAACACUCGAAGAACUGACACGAGACUACAGAGUGUCUGCUUUGUGUAAAUUCGUAAAUUAUAUUAACGUUUACUUAUAAUUUUUAUAAAGCAGAGCUUAAAAUUAAAUUUGUGUUGAAGAGAAUUCACGAUGAAGAGAAAACUGGCAUAGUCUGUUCAAAAAUAACUAGUUUUAAAAUAGAACAAAAUCAAAAGUCCUUGAGAAUUAGUCUCAUAGGGAGUGCGGCUACGUCAUCAACGAAACUUUUGUAGUUAUGUAUGACGGCUAGGAAACACCCGAUUGGCCAAUAAAGCCUUACUGUCGGCCAUUUUGUUUGCUGCUGACUCACCAAAAGGUGAAAAAUGUACAUGAAUUGAUACGCACUCCCCAAGAGACUACACAACGGUAUUGGGCAUUUCCCUGAACCAAAAUUUGGGUUUCAUGUUCCUCCGCUACACUCGAAGCAUCAAAAAUCUAGAAAAAAUAUUUAUCCAUGAAUGUACUAAUCCUACAACAAAAUCUAAGCUAUUUUACGAGUAUUUACAAAUUACCGCGAAAACCGUGUUCAAAAAUGAUGCGGAACUUUUUGUCAGUCCAACUUUGAUCGGCUGAUCUUCAAAAAGUGACUCUUCGUGUAAUAAGUGUUGUUAUAAAUUGUAAAUUAUUCAUUGAUAGUAUUACCUAUUAUGUACAUUUGCAACUGUCAAAGUUGUGCAGUGAAAUUUCAAUGGUGCAUGUGAACAUUUCGGGAUUGUUUACGGACUUUUGAGUGAAGAUUGUAAAUGAAGUUGUGCAGGAUGUAGCCUCGUUUGAGGCCCUGCGCUUUAAACUCUCCAACUGAGCCCAUCCUGAGAGCUACAAGUAAAUACAGACGAAAACAUGACGGAUCCGAUGAUCAAGGUAAAGACGGAGAGGCCUGACGAGGCCGAAAUCCGGGAGUUAGCUGCUAAAAUGGUGGAGGCGAACAAAGCGAAAGCUCUGGCGGCAUCGGUGGCAGCGACGCGUACACCACCUGGAGGUCUAGUGCCACCAGCUUCCGGCCAAAUGGGCAUCCUAAAUUUUUUGACAAGGAAACCUGGAGCGACUGGCACAACAAUAGACCAACGACCUGCUCCAGAUCCUGAAAAGAAAACCCCUGCUCCAGACGAAGCUAGUUGGAAGGGGCACUUUGGAUGGGAUGUUCUUGGCAAAUGCCACAUACCUUAUAUUUUUCGGUCCAACGAAAAGUAUGUGGCAGUCCGGAUGGUGGAAAUCAAGCUCCUCAACAAGUACCUGAAUUACCUCCAUGCUGACAUCUACUCCUGUACCUGUAUCAGAAGUUACUAUAUUACUGAGAUAGAGGCUCGUUUACUCAAUGAGAUAAGCAACAGGCAUUGUGAUGGACAGUUUGGCCGGGAAGCAUUCACACAGAAAGACUUAGUUGUGAGGUUGUCAGACGCAUAUGAGUUUUAUAAUUUCUUAGAUGUGUGUUAUUAUAAACUAUUGAGGGGAACAACGAAUAGCAAGGACAAGUGUGGUUUUAUAAGGAUAAACAAGGAGUCUGUUGUACCAUACACAGUGCGAGACAAUCAAAAGUUUGUGCCGUUAUUUUAUUUUGAAGGUGAAACGGAGAAUUUAAAGUUAAAAGCAGAUCAGCUGAAAGGCUGGGACUUGUCGUAUUUGAAGUUCUGUUGUAAAGUGCAGGGCAUUAGGAACGAACUUUUUGCAAGUGAGACAUGUUCUGUGAUAAGUUUGAAUGAUAUUAAGAGUUAUUUUCCACCGGGAACUGAGUUUGAAGAGUAUUGGCCCAAUAAAGUGGUAGACUCCCAGCUCCUCAUAUCAGCGAAAGGAUCAGUAUCGGGUGGAGGACAAUGGACGAGAGCACCGCCUGCGCCUCCCCCGGUGGUGGGUGGUGUGGCAGUGGGUUCGGCGGCCGGCCUCAACACCGUCAACAGCCAGUCGACACGAGGCCGCCGGGCCAACACACAGAGGCACACUCCUACCGCUGCCACCAUGCAGAUGUCCCACGCCGGACUAUCGGCUGCCUCCGCUCAAGCGCUCGCCAACAGCUGGUCUCUGCCCGGAACUCUUACUCAGGCGCAAACGCAGCAAGUGCUCAGGUUUGCUCAGGCUCAAGUGGUGGCGCAGGCGGCCGCCCGGUACAACACGGCUGCCAUCGCAGCGGCCGCCGGAUUUCCACAUAAAUCGCAGCACCAGAGAAACGUUCAGUUUCCGAACAGUGCACUAACAAUGGCGAUGGGUCAGCAACCCCCUCCACCUCUUGUGAGGAGCACGGCCAACACAACAACUAUGAAUGAGAAUGAUCCGGGAGUUGCGGAACACGUGGAUGCGGUAAUUAACGUGCCUCCGCAAGUGACCGGCACGAUGAAUGGCCACUCAACCUCUCACUCCGUGGACACUCGCAAAAGGCUUACACCGAUACCAGACAUCAACACUACUGGCAACCAUACGCCGUAUAAGGUACAAAAGGCGUUAGUGGAAAACACAAUGGUGCCUUGCAUCAAUUCGAAGCCCUACCAGUACACGGAGCUGCUGAUGACCCUGCCGGACCUCGCCAGCCACUUCUUCCCGCGCGUCUCGCUCACCACCUGCCGCGCCAUGCUCGACGCGCUCGGACUCAUUCUCUACCGGCCUAACUCAACCCAACUUCAAGUUCUGCGCAACUCUGGCAAGUGCAAGUCGGCGGCCGCCGGCGAGAACGGGAUGGCGUUGGUUCAGGUCCGUGACGUCAUGCAUCACAUGCUGCAGUUCAAGUACAUGCUGCGCUCCGGGCUCGGGGACGACCCGGCCGCCCACCCGCCCCCCGCGCACCUGCACCCCCACGCCAAGCGCGCCAGGGCCAACUGAGACACCGCCCUCCUGGCUCAAGCUGCUAAUCAAUACAGCCAGCCUGAAGAAUGUGAGUGAUUAUGUGGAGGUGUUGGAGCUUGCUGCCGAUCUGAUGCUGUGCUGGUGUUUGAAGAUGCACUUUGCAACGCUGAACUUUCAGUGCGUCAACUCUGUAACUACAAUGACUUACAACGCAAGUUAAUAACCGGUAAUGGCCGUUGUAACUAUACUGAGACCUCAGAACUUAUAUCUCAAGGUGGGUGGCGCAUUUGCGUUGUAAAUGUCUAUGGGCUCCAGUAACCACUUAACACCAGGUGGCUUGUGAGCCCGUCCUCCCAUCCAAGCAAUAAAAAAAAAUAAAAAAAUCUAUAAUUGGUACACAUUAAAUGCAAAUUAUCUAAAUGCUGAAGAUCGAGCUGCUUGUCGGAAUAUCGUCUACAGAGCAGUGCGGCAUGGAGGUCACCAUCCUCAGAACUAUUGACAGCUUUGAUAAGAAAAUGAGGGAGGGAAGUGGAUAUGUGCAAAUGCAGAUAGCAGACUGCGCCCUAAAGAAGUCACCGGUCAUAUUUAACCUUACAAUUGAUAAUAUGCUUUAGACAUGACAAAAUGAAAAAAAUUUUCAUUAUUUCACAAAUCACAGCAGUAGAUAUCUGAAAGUGAACUAAAAACAUGAAGUAAGACUCGGCUAAAAACACCAGUGGUUCAAGAUUACAGCAUGCAAUGUUAUCACAUUAAAUUUGACUAGUUAAUUUCUAGCAGACAUUGCUUUGACUGUCGCUAAUUAUUUGCCACCCAUUUUUUCAGUCGACACUAUCGCCCCUUGACAAUACUCUGCCAGAAACAUAUUCUGUCUUGCUAACAACAACAUUACAGAGUUUCAACUAUAUUGGAGGAAGGACUCGUAAACGAGUAGGUCAUUAAUAUCCUUAUUAAUUUCCAUAAAUUGAUAGCUUUUUGUUUUAAAUUGUUAUUGAUGCAUGAAUAUUUGAAACAAAUGAGCCAAAAGUCAACUUUAAAAAUGACUGAUAAAUUAAAUGUAUCUACCAAGCAUUAACAACAGUAGUGCCAAUGAUAUAAUUACUGUUGUGAGUAUUCUGAAAUCCAUUUUUAUCACACUAUUACUUAUCAUUAAAGAUUUGAGUCUAACUUAUGAAUUUAGUUGAAAUAUAUCACAAAAAUUUUACCAAGCGCAAACACAACGGCAAGGGAGGGCUUGAAAAAUGAGUUGAUAACACAGUAAUUUUAUAUAGUAACAAAAUCAAGUAAAACUUGAGUCGACAUUGACAACGUGAAGAAAUUAGGAUGAGUACCAUUUCAUCUUGGCUUUGAACGAUUAUUAAAUCUAGCAAAGAGAAUUUUUAAAUAUGUAAUCAUUACUCAGAGUUCCGUGUACAUUUGUAAUGGACAAAAUUUUAUAAAUGUAAGUGUAUUUAUUUAUGAACUGAAAAGUGAAGCAAUAUAGUAUUGUGCCAGUGAUUAUAUUUAAAAGGAGACUAUAUCUAUACUAUCUAUCACAAAGUGUAUAUUUGAAUUGUCAAUUUAUUGUGUGUUGUAAAAAUUGUAACAUAUUGUAAAUGAGAAGAUCUAAUAUUAAAAAAAAUGGUCUUAUUGUACUAUUUAAUAUAGAAGACUGAGAAUUUUUUCACUUUUAAUUUUGUAAAAGCUUUUUUUGCCAACGGGAUGCGAAUUGUUAAAAAACUAUGUGUGAUUAUUUAAUGUUCCAAUUACAUUUUAUUACAAUUUUUUUUUGUAUACGACAAAUGUAAAUAUUUAUAUAGGGAUCUGCACUCGGCAGUUUUAGUAUUUGUAUUGUAAAACGGUUUUGUAUAAAGUAAUGCAUCCCGGAUGUGAGUUUCAUUUUUGGUUGUGUUCGAAAUGAUUUUUAAUUUUGUUAAACCUGGUAGAUUUAGUUAUUGUUAAUAAUUUCAUUCCAAGUUUAUUAAAUGAAUUUUAUGAACGCUUCCAAAAAGGAAGUUUACGUGGGUUUCUACUAUGUUAGAUAAUUAAUUAUACAAUUACUUCGAUGAAGGAUUUAACGCUUUAAUUGCAUUUUUAAAACGCUUAAAAAUUACUUAAAACAUCACAAAAUACCAUACGCUUGGUCACACAUGAUAAGAGUCCGAGAAACUUACAUUAACCUAUUAUUAUUUUUUUUAACUAAUUUUUUGCCCAAAUUGAGGCAUCGUUAAAAUUGCCUGUGCGUUAUUUAUACUUGAAGAAUUUGGUAUGAUUUUAAACACUUAAUAAGUUAGUCUAUUCCAUCUCUCAAGGUGAAUAGUUGAAAAACUUGAAAGUAAAAUACGACUAGCUUAUUGAGUAUUGAGACUUGACGAUCGUGUGAUUCAUGUGAUCAUGUGAUUCGAGUCAAUAAUUUUUACUAAAUUAUUCUAGUUGAGAAGACAUUUUCAUCUUUGUCUAAAUGUCAUUGUGAAAUUAAAAUUUUGUUUUAGAAUGUAUGUGCAAUUGAAAUAUUAGUUCAUUAAAAAUAAUUGUUAAAAGACAGUCCCUUGUCAAUGUUUCAUUGGAAAGGGCAGGAAAACUAAAAAUAUAUUGAAAUGUAAAACACAAUGUUUUUUUUUUUCGAAUGCUGAUUGGUUGAUUAGAGAAAGCAUUAUUGUACGUAUUAUUACAUUGAAGUGGUUAAAAUGUUCCUUGAAAUCGGUACAUUAUAGACACUUAGCGGGCCCGGCAGAGUUCAUUUUCUGAUCAAGUGUUCCAAUUCCAGCGCCACCAGCUAGGUCCACAUUUCAAACCAUCCCAGGGCCCAACCAGAAGCGAAAAAAAUGUUGAGGUGUUUUGAAAAAAAAAAUGUUAAACACUUACAGAUGAAUUGUCUAUUUCUAAUUUAUGUCUAAAUUGUCUAUUUAUGUAGGGUUUUAAAUGUGUAAACAUUUAAAACCCAACAAUAAAAAAAAAAUGUUUUGGUAAUGUAUGUAUCUACCUAAUUGAUGUUAUUACAUUUCAAUGUUUCGCAAAAUUUGUAAGAUAACAAAUAUAUUUACAUUGAGAAAGUCUGUUCCUAUAGUUAAUAAUUUUUAAUUUAGCAAGGAUAGAAAAAAUCUUUUCAGUUACAUAUCUUAAUUUAUUAUCGUUUUGACAAUAAAACAACAAAUAUAAAUGUAGUAUACUGAUAUUUUUACUCCACAAGCUGGCCUCAGUUUUAUUUCCUAAAAGGAUGCAUUCAGGUUCAGAACCUACAUUAAGGCUCCUCUUUAAUAGCAACCUGUAAUUUCAGAAAAACCGAUGCCCGUUGAUUCUUUCAACUACAAUGUGUAAAAAAUUAUAUUUACGUAAAAAUCUAAGUAACGGGAUAAUUUUUAGUGGAAAGCCGUGUAUAAUGUACGCUAAAUUAUUUAAAAAUAAUAAUAUUUUAGUAUCUUGUAAGCCUUGUAUGCCUGGUGAUGUAAGGGCGCAGGAGAAUGCUGUUACAAACUUAAUGUUUGUCAACAAAGGAUUAUGUAUUUAAAUAAAAGGAAUACUUUGUAAA